CAAAAUUCAUUUACAAUUGUAUUAACAAAGUAAACGUGACAAGCAAAUAUGAAAUUCGCCAUCUUCGCACUCGUACUUGGAUUGUGCCUGGCGGCCACUAUGGCCGAUUUGGACUACUCCGCUGAGAAUGAUGAUCAACUCGUCGAGUUCACUCCACUGGGCAACGCUGAAGAGAUUGCCGAUUUGUUUAUUUUCAGCGUAUUCGGCCGCUUAAAGCCCACAAUUAAAGUUGGUCUCCGCACGCUCAAAGGUGUCAACUGCACCAUAAAACGUGUGUUGAGCAUACGCCAAGCUGGUCUUGAUUUUCUGCAAGCAUUUAAGGAUUGCAACAGCGCUGCCUUCAAGGAUCUGAAUAAUGUGAUUAAUCAAGUUCAAACUGUAGUGAAUACCUGUAAUGACAUUAUACACAUCAACGAAAAUGUCUGCAACAAUGGUGACUACAAUGACGAAGACGAUGCUAAGAAGAAAACGCCGGCGGCUUGCUUCAGCAAAUUGGUUAGCAAGAUGGUCACACUGAAGAAGCAAAUCGCCAAAACUAUCACUUUGUCGAAGAAAUUGUCCUCCACCCCUGGUGCGUAUGGCGCAUGCAAUGUUGACGCUGUUGAUGAUCUACUUUCUGUCUUCACCGAAUUCCCCACCUUUGUCAAGGAGUGCUCCAAGUUGACUAGCAAAUAAAUUUUAUUUAACAAUCUUCUCUUUGUAUAACUUCGAAACCAAAUAAAAAACUUUUCAUUAAUACGAGCAAA